GAGAAGGCACGAGGCUCCAGGACCGCGCCGGAGCCAUAAACGCGCGCGCGAAGCGUAUCAGCCGCUCGGUUCCCCAAACAAUCGCGCUGCGAUAACACAUCUAGCAUUGUGCGGCAGCUCUGUUUACGCUGUAGCGAAUGAGCCGACGUAAUGAUCACUGAAUCGGAGGGCGGAAGAAAAGGACGUUACUGGCAUUGCCGUUUAUAACGGCCGCCAUGCAUGCGGCAUUGUUUUAGACUUUGUUCUGAUCGGUCAAUUUUCAAUUCAAUCUCCAAUGCACAGUCUGAUACAGGCUUAAAGUGGCGCCAUUUUACUAGAUUACAAACUUGGUUAAUCUUAUCGAAAUCGAUGAGUAAUAAAGUGACGAAUAUAAAACGUAUAAAGUUUAUUUUCACGAUCACUUUGGCAAUUACUUUGACGACAAGUACAUCCUAAGAGAACAAUUGAGAUGAAGGAUCUAAAGAAGACCCUGGAACGUUUUACUUGUGAAGAGUUGAAACAGGAACUGAGGGACAGGGGUUUGUGCACGAGUGGUAAUAAGGAAUUACUCAUAUUCAGAUUAUAUAAGUAUUUCAAAAAAAGCUCAAAUGACAGAGACUUGUUUGAUUCCAAAAUAAGAGAAAGAAAGAGAAUUAAUAUAAGAGAAGAAAUGCAGCUCGACAUCAUGAAACGUGAGAAUAAGUCAUUACGGCAGCAAAUUAACAACAUGAUAUGUGAAAAGGAAUUGUUGAAAAAGAAAUUUGACAAAAUAAAACGUGAAAAUAAGUCUCUGCAAGAAAAAUACGACAUCAUGGAGGCAAAAAAUGAGUCUUUGCAAGAAAAAAUGCGUAACUAUCGUGGCUGGCCAGAAGAUACCGAUAUACCAUAUAAUAUACAUUCCAAGAUAUUCUAAUAAUAUACAGACUAAUAUAUAAAAUAUAAAAAUAAAUAGCUGUUUGUACUUUAUUUGGCUUAAUGUUAAGGUGGUUCUUUAGUAAACUGCCGAAAAUUUGGAGUGCUUCACCAAAGCUCUCACCACCCCAAAAUCACAAAUAUCUGCAUAAUUUGGAUAAAAUAUUAAAACUACGUGUAUAUCUUAAUGAAAUAGUAUGAAACAAACGAUAUUUAGUAUGCAAAAGUGAUGAAAUAAAAAGAAGUUGAUUUGA